AUGGAGGCCGAGGUCAGGGUUACGGAAGACGGGUCAGCGAGUAGAGGAGCCAAAACCAGGAUAGAUGCAAACAGUAAAGUUGAGGUCCAAAGCCAGGAUAAAACACACAUAUUUAGAGAUACACUGGAUUUACAAUUAAUAUGCAAAAGUGAUCUAGCCAAAGUGAACGAAGAAGAACUCACUGCCAUAGAGAUUGUGGUCUACCAAUAUGGAAUUUAUGUGCUGGACCUCCUAAAGACCCAUUUUAGUGUUGGAGAACUUCAGUUGCACAUUGCUUCCAGUCUACCAGAAAAUAACCACAGAGGGAAUGCUUUUUCACAGUCAUUUUUUUAUCAGAAAUCGGAGGACAAGCUCUAUAUAUCUCGUGAAUAUCUCAAGUCUGUUGGUAGCCUCAUUUUACUGAUUGUUCACUGCAUAUCCCACAUUGCUUGUGGAGACGUGAGUGAUGACACAAGCGCCUCCUUCCUUAGAAUAUUUUAUGAGGGACUAAAGAUCUGCUUUAGUGAUGGCUUUUUAAGCAGACUUCAGAUGUUACCUUCUAGCCAAGACACAAAAUCUAAUUCAAAGACUGAAGGAAAGACAGAGAAAAGAACACAUUUCAUUGGUAAUGAUUCUAAACUAAAGCCACACAGGGGGGUGUCUGUCUUCAAAGAGCCUUUAAAUAAAACUGGAGAAAUGCUUUGUCAACAUAAAACUGAAAUGUUACUUAAAAAUAAGCUCAGUGCAAGAAAAAGGGAAUUUUUUAACCAAUCCUUAAAAGAAGGCACCAGUAACCCUGGGAACGGACCAAGCUUUGAUGAAGGUAUUAGCCCUGCACAUCUUGAGGAAAUAGAAGAUGACUUAAAUUUUCAACUAAUUAAAAUUUUGGAGAAAGAAAUUGAACAUGGCAGUAGUCUAAAUAAUGAAGAUGAAAUGUGUUGUUAUUCUCAUAUGAUUUCCCUGGAAAAAGAAUGUUUGCGGAAAAAAAUCAAGAGUUUCGAAAAGAUGACUGACAAACAGAACAGACCAGUAUAA